AUGGAUUUACACAGUGUAUGCUGCACUCUGUUUUUAAUGACAGGAGUAUGUUUUGGCCAAGAGCUGUUAUUACCUAAGAGAAUAAGUAAAACAGUUGGGGAGAAUGUGGUGAUUACCCCAAUCUAUAUUCCUAAUACCACACUUCAGUAUAUCAGAUGGAAGUUUAAUACCAGCACCAUUCUUGUUGGACCUCCUGGUGGAAUUACUAUACAGCCACCAUACACUGACAGAGUUCAUCUGGACACUAGCACUUUAGCUCUGGAGCUCAGGAUGCUGACUGAAAGUGAUACUGGACCAUAUACUCUAACUGUAGAUACUGCUACAAACAUUUUCACAAAUGUGACCUCGCUGCAGGUGUUUGUGCCAGCCUCCAGUGUUACCAUAACACAAAGUAACACAGAACUGUUUGAGUUUAACAGCACUGUAAGUCUCGUCUGCUCUGCGUCUGGCUCGUCUCUUUCAUUUAUUUGGCUGAAUGGCAGCUCUGAGGUAACAGCAGGGGAGCGAGUUCAGCUAACAAACAGCAACAGCAAUCUGACCAUUACCAGUGUGAUCAGAGGUGACACAGGUCCAUACCAAUGUGAAGCAUCUAACAGUAUCAGCAAUGCAAAGAGUCCUUCAUUGAGCCUUACUAUUUACUAUGGUCCAGAAAAUGUCAAAGUUGUAGCAGCUCCAGUGGGACCUUCCUACAGCUCUGGGUCAAACCUCAUAUUGACCUGUUCAGCUGAUUCCAGUCCUGCUGCUGAGUUUCAGUGGGCUGUGAAUGGAACAGAGCUUGGUGAAAUGGGCCAAGAGCUCAAACUGAGCAACAUUCAGAGCAGUCAUAGCGGCAAUUAUACCUGCAUGGCUCAUAACAAACAGAGCCUUAGAUACUCCACAUCUGGAUCCAUUAGCAUCACUGUACUAGGUGGGUUAUAA